ACGACACCGGAACUCGUAAAUUUGCUUGUAUGGUAACCCACUACGGUGCUAGAUGCGGUAUCAUUACAUACAUAUGGGGAUGAAUUAUUAGAUGCGGUAAAAAUCUACUCAACUCCCCUGCCACCCCCACCAAACGAAUAUAAAAGCGAGCUCUUUCGUCACUAUGGAAGCUACUCGAGUGCUGCUCCUUACACGAAUAUCUUCUCCCCUUCCUCAAGCAUCUCUGUAAUCCCAUUCGAGUGCUACUACUACUGCCCAAUAUCAUUAUUAUUACUAUCAUUUCUUCGUCUUGAUAGUACCCUCGCACAAUGUCUGGCACAUUCCAAAGGCUGCAGGAGUCUCUGAACGAGGCGAAGACCGCGGCAACCCACAAGGUUAACGAGGUCGCCUCAAUGAACGAGAAGAUUGUGGAGAUGUGGCCGAAUAAAGUAUCUGUCGAAAAGAGCGGAAAUAGGCUUACUACGGAUUCCGGCACGAAGGUGCAUGAUGUGGAUCAUUGGCUCAAGGUGGUUGACCCGAGCACUGGCCAUCACGGGCCGAGUUUGGUGGAGGACCAGAUUGCGAGGGAGAGGAUUCAUCGGUGUACAUACUUCCCCCCUUGUCUGACGAUGGAAGAUCAAAGGCUAUUAUAGUAAUAAUCGAAACUGACAAAUGUUGCGAAUAAUAUAGUUGACCAUGAGCGUAUUCCUGAGCGUGUAGUCCACGCCCGUGGCGCCGGAGCACACGGGUACUUUAAGCUGCACACGCCCAUCCCCGAAUUCUCUAGCGCUCCCGUCCUCAACGACACGGCGCGCACCACACCCGUGUUCGUGCGCUUCUCAACGGUAGCCGGGUCCCGCGGUUCCGCGGACACCGUCCGCGACGUCCGCGGGUUCGCCAUCAAGUUCUACACGGAAGAGGGCAACUGGGACAUCGUCGGGAACAACAUUCCCGUCUUCUUCAUCCAGGAUGCUAUCAAGUUCCCGGACUUUGUUCAUGCCGCCAAACCCGAGCCGCAUAAUGAAGUGCCGCAGGGGCAGACGGCGCACAACAACUUUUGGGACUUUCUGUACUUGCACAGCGAGUCGACGCAUAUGGCCCUUUGGGCCAUGAGUGAUAGGGGGAUUCCUAGGAGUUUUAGGAUGAUGCAGGGAUUUGGGGUUAAUAGUGGGUUUUGAUUCUCUCCUCUUCUUUCGUGAUGGGGUGUGGCUGAUCUGGGGACAGCAUUUUCGUUGAUUAAUGUUCAGGGUGAGAGAACGUUUGUCAAGUUCGUGUGGACGCCUGAGUUGGGUGUUCACUCGCUGGUCUGGGAUGAGGCUUUGAAGCUGGGUGGUCAGGAUCCGGAUUUCCACAGAAAGGAUCUGUACGAGGCUAUUGAGAACGGGCACUAUCCCAAGUGGCAAUUCGGAAUUCAGGUUGUUGCCGAGAAGGAUCAGGAUAAAUUCGAGUUCGAUAUCCUGGACGCUACGAAGGUAUGGCCGGAGGAUCAAGUUCCCGUCAACUAUAUCGGAGAAUUGGUUCUGAACAGGUGCCGCCUCCCUGUACUGAUCUAUCACUCGGACAUCAGCUAAUCAUGUGAUAGGAAUGUCGACGAGUUUUUCGCCGAAACCGAACAGGCGGCCUUCUGCACCUCUCACAUUGUGCCCGGAAUCGGCUUUUCAGACGACCCUCUCUUGCAAGGCAGAAACUUUAGCUACUUUGACACGCAAAUCACCCGUUUGGGAAUCAACUGGGAACAGCUCCCCAUCAACCGCCCCGUCUGUCCCGUGAUGAACUUUAACCGUGACGGGGCACUUAACCACCGCAUCCACAAGGGCAAAGUCAACUACUGGCCAAACCGCUUCGAAGCCGUUCCCCCCGGGUCGCACAAGCAGGAGAUAGACUCGUAUCAGGAGUACGCUGCCAAGAUCGUGGGAUUGAAACUGAGGGUCAACGGAGCAAAAUUCCGGGAGCACAUCGCUCAGGCGCAGUUGUUUUACAAUUCCCUCGCGGAGCACGAGAAGAAGCACGUUGAAGCUGCACUCGCGUUUGAGUUGAGCCACUGCGACGAGCCAAUCGUGUACAAGAGGAUGUCGGAGAGACUUGCCGUAUUACCCCACCCCUUCCGGCCGUCCCUCCACCCCAUCCUAUCGUUUCCCCAAUAACCAGCUGACCAUGCGUCUCAAAAAUAGGACAUUGACCUCACCCUCGCCCAAAACGUCGCCAAGAUGGUCGGCGGCGAUAUCCCCAAGGAGGGCCGCCAGAACCACGGUCGCAAAGCACCGGGCCUAUCCCAGACCAAUUUACCCGCUUUCAAGCCAAACAUCGAAGCCCGUCGAGUGGCAAUGAUCAUUGCGGACGGCUUCGACAUGGGCGUUUUCACGGCGGUGCGCACAGCGCUCAAAGCCGAGCGCGCAACGACCUGGGUGGUUGCUCCUAGAAGAGGAAUGAUCUUCCCUACCGGUAUCGACCCAGAGAGCGGCACAGGCGGCCUGAUGGCAGACCACCACCUCGAGGGGCAAAGGAGCACCGUGUUUGAUGCGAUAUUUAUAUGUCCUGGUGCCCAAAGCACGCUUACUCUUCGAGAGGUAAAUAUUCACCUUUCCUCCCUUCCUUUCUUUUUACUCGGCGGGGUAUAUCCAUAGCUAACGCAUCGACAGAACGGAAGAGCGGUCCACUGGGUCCGCGAGGCCUUUGGGCACUUAAAGCCCAUCGGUGCCCUCGGUGACGCGGUAUCCUUCCUGCAACAGGCUGUUGUCCUCCCGGGCGUGAACAUAGCGGCCGACCCCAACUCUCACGAAGUCGUUACUUCAUACGGCGUCGUAACGGGCUGGAAGAGUUCCGUGAGGGUUCUCCGGAGCCUCAAUAUCGAGCCCAGCACGUCCGCGUUUUCGAGCGCUUUCGCCCACGAGAUUUCGAAGCAUAGGUGCUGGGAGAGGGAACUGGAUGGACUCCACACAAAGCUCGCGUUUUAGGGGAAGGAAAUUGGUUUUUUUUUCCUUUGAAAUGUAUCAAGGUUUUGAUCGCUUUCUGCCCUUUCUGGGGGUGAAGGGGUGAAUUGGGGAGAAUAGAAUUGAGCUGUACUGGUACGGUACGAUGUGCAGUGUGUUACUCGUGCAGAAGGGUAAUUACGGAUGUCGUAGGGCAGGAUGAUGGAACAUGCAUCAUUGUAUCAUACGAAUAAAUGCCGGAAGCUAUCAUACCAGCACCCGCCCUACCUAAUUGCUACCUACCGACUUUAGUAUGAUAUCAUAUGAUAAGCCUCCAAUUCACCAACCACCCGAAUUACCGCAACUCGCUUCAACCCCUAAAGUCUCCUCUUCCACCAACUGCUCAUUACAACAACAGUCUAUCAUAUUAUCAUACAAAGCCAUCUCGCUCAAUCUAUCCUGCCCCCAUCUACGAUACGGUACGAUACCGGUAUCAUACUCUGCAAACCCCUACACAGCCCCGUACACAGCCACAAACACAACCACAGCCACACAAGACCAACGCAAUCAAAUCAAAUCAAAUCAAACUCAAAUAACACCACGCCACACCGCCAACAACAACGAACAACCACCCAUUCCACUCCGUUCCGUUCCCGCCAACUUAUAUAAACCAACCUUUCUCUCUCUAUCUGUCCCUUAGAUUCCAUCCAUUCUUCAUUCCUUCCUUUUCGAUCAUCGCAAACUUCUCGAAACACACAAGCGAACACAAACAAACAAACAAUCGAAAGAACGAACAAACUAGCAAUGCCCCUCACGUACAGCAAGCACUUUGGCGGCCGACGCCUCGGGUUCGGAGUCUCGGCGAACAAGCAUGGCGUUAGGCCUCACGUUAGGUUCUCGCUGUGCGGCUUGAGCUGUUUUCGUUGAAUACUUGUGCCGUGCAAGUAGGGUUGGUCGGAUCUUAUUGGGUGGGGAGGGAGGUAUGGGGAGGCUUGUGGGCUUGUUGGGGUGGGGAUAGGCGCGGGGGGGGGGGGGAAUAUCUUAACGACAUUUUACGAUGG